UUUCUACAUAUUCAUUGAUCUAUGCCUUAAAUCAUGCUACAGCGCUAUGAUCGGCACUACAAAAAUAUUUUUGACAGCUGAUUUCGUUGCACGUGUUUUUUUAUAAUUUUUAUUAAUAAUGGUUUACUAUUUUACAAGCGAAGUUGUGCAGCCACCUGUCACAUUGUUUAUGGGAAUAGACAAAUUUGAGAAUGAAGAUCUUAUCAAAUGGGGUUGGCCAGAAGAUGUGUGGUUUCAUGUUGAUAAAUAUUCAUCUGCCCAUGUGUAUCUUCGACUUCGUCAUGGCCAGACGAUAGAUGACAUUCCUAGUACUGUAUUGGAAGAUGCCGCACAAUUAGUAAAAGCUAAUAGUAUCGAAGGGAAUAAAAUGAACGAUAUCGAUGUUGUAUAUACAAUGUGGUCGAAUUUGAAAAAAACUCAAGGUAUGGAGGUUGGUCAGGUUGGCUUUCACAAGGACAAAGAUGUUCGUAAAAUUCAUGUUGCCAAACGAAUAAAUGCUAUUGUGAAUCGCCUUACCAAGACAAAACGAUCGGAGCAAGUGAACUUCAGAGCUGAGAGAGAACAGAGAGAUAAAAACGAACGGGAAGAUAAGAAGAAACUCUUAAGGGAACAGAAAGAGAAAGAAAAGGCAGAAGAAAAACGACGUCAAGAAGAAGCAGAAAUGAGGAGUUACAAUUCCCUGUUCAAUACAUCCAACAUGACUUCAAACACAGAAACCAGCGGAUAUGAUUCAGAUGAUUUUAUGUGAUGAAACUAAUAUUUGCAUUUGCAACAUGUGCCUGAUUUCCGUCUCCAGCAAGAUACACGAAAAGAGAAAACUUCAAAUGAUCAAUGUAAAAUGUUUCUUUUAAAACAAUUAUUUAUUUUAUUAUUAACGAUAUACUUUGCUAAUGUUGUAUUUGUAAAAUUAUAGAAAUUUUUAUGACUCAAUGUACAUCGUAUAUGUCUUUAUAAUAGAAAAAUUCUUAGUCACUUAUCAAUUUUAAAAAUUCUAAAAUCAUGAACGUCGUACGAUAUUAAUGACAUAUGACAUAUUAUUAAAUUGAUGUGUAUCUACUCGCAAGUACUUAGACGUAUUAUUAUACGAAAUUUUAAUAUAAUAAGAAAAAUAAGUUACAGAAAUCUUUACAUAUUUAUAUAGACAAGAAUUCUAAAAGUAUGUGUAGUCUAGAAAAUACAAUAGUACAAAUAGU